AUGCCCAAAGGCACCGGCCUCCGCGCACGCUACGCCCACCAGGCCUGCGACGUGUGUCGCGUAAAGAAGAUCAAAUGCGAUGGUCUGAAGCCCAUCUGUGGACCGUGCAUCGCGUCGAGCCGCAAGGCAGAAUGUGCUUGGCUUAAAGAGCCUGUCCGCAAACCGCGGAGCGAAGCCCACUUUGAGGCCUUGCGGAAGCGAGUAGACGCGUUAGAAUCCUAUUCGCAACUGUUGGAGCAACGGCUGGCGGGCUGUCAUUGUCAGAAUAACGACGGGGAAAACGCGCAGAACCACAUUCAACUCCGGCCACAGGUCGACGAUGAGUCUGACGGUGGACAGUCGAGUGAUGGGGACAUUACACAGGAGCUGUGUAUGCCAACUGAGCGACUCAAGUUGGAUGAACGAGACUUACUAUCCCUCGGCAACACCACGCCCUUCCGUUUCUCCCAGCCCCGGGCCGUGCCAUCUACAACUUCCCUUGUUACCAGGGAUCACUUAAGUUCCGACUCUGGUAGCUAUACGCUGCUGCUGGACGGUGUUGCCGAGUCCCAAGCCGAUUUGGCGUGCGAUUGGACUCGACAUCUACCAUCCGAUAUCGUAUUCGACAGGCGGGAACAUGACCGAAUCCUGGACCAUGUCUUCAAAUACUUCACCUGCUGGUGCAUGAGGGUCGUUCCGGCACUUUUCCUCCGCGAUAUGCACCGCUAUCUCAUGCAUUCAGGCUCUACACAAGCGAAGACACCGCACUACUCCCCAAUGCUGCACAACGCGUUAUUAGCGCUAGGUUCCGCGUAUUCAUCAACACCAGAAGUCAGUAAUAUCGAUGCCCGGCGAACGCUCGCGGCCCAUGCGAAGGGCUUUAUCGAGGCGGAGGUUAUGCGUCCGAAUGUUACCGUCGUCAAUGCGCUCGCCAUCCUCGGCAGUUUCCAUUCGGGACAUGGGGAGGUUAUGCUUGCUUACAUGUACUGGGGCAUGAGCACCCGUAUCGCAGAGGCACUGGGACUGAACAUCGAUGCGUCUUCCGCAGUCCGCUCGGGGCGGAUCUCGUCCACUGACCUCUUGGACCGCAACUGGAUGUACUGGUCAAUGUUCGCACAGGAUGUGUGCUGGUCUACAUAUGUCGGCCGGAGCCUCUCCCUCCCCGCGCCGCCUACCCCUCAACACCUCCGCAAGAGCGUGAUUUUCGAGGGAUAUGAUGAUAUUCCGUGGACUUACGCUCACGCGGAAAGUGGAAAUAGAGGAGCGCCACAGCCGAAUGCACUUGCGAAGACGCACGCAGCGGCGUGCGAUUUGUUGCUCGUCAUGGUGAAAGUAAUGGAUGUGGUGAAUCAUAUUGGCCGGGCCUCGCGAGUGGCCGACAAGCAAGUAACUGACAUUGAUAUCCAGCUGUACAGCUGGAAGGAGGCACUCCCUCCCUUCCUGCAACUUACAUCACGAGAACGACCUACUCCGCACAAGCUCAUGGUGCACGCUGCCUACUGGUGGUGCUUCAUUCUCCUUCACAGGCCGUUCUUCCACCAGACGGCGAGGUCGGUACACGGUUCCGAUCCCGAGGUCGAUCAUAUCAAGCUUUGUAAACGCGCAGCAGAUAACAGCAUGGAGCUUUUUAACACAUGGCGCGAGCUGCACGGACUGCGGUUCUCCAACAUCCCAUUGGCGCAAAUGGUAUUUGCGACGGGAACGAUUCACCUACUCCUCGCCGCUGACGCCGCAUCGACGUCCCGCGCUCGUGUCGCGCAAGGCGUGCUGAGUGCGGCCCUCGGCGCGGCAGAGCGAUGUGUGGGAUACUUAUUUGAAAUGGGGCGAACAUUCAACACCGCGAAUCUGAUGGGCGGCAUAUUGCAGCAUCUGCUCCGCGAUCGGGUGAAGCCUCUGGUAGCGCGAAAACAGGGGGACAAGAGCACUGCCAGCCUGGCCCAGCCUUCCUCACGGGACGGUGCGGAAAUAGAAACACGGUAUACCCAAACUCCAGGAACAGUCGCUCCCCCGAUACCAACUCGCGCGGCGCCGAGCGCUAGUGUGACGCUCGAUCCUGCAUAUGGCCAUGGAGACCUUGGCUUCGAUGUGCAGCAAAUGCAUGCACCCAUACUCCCAGAUUUCGACGCCGCGACCAUGUUGGACACCACUGCUAUUGCGGACCCAAACACGAUGUUGUUUGACCUUGACUUGAACUUCGGCCUGGGCUCGGGGAUGGCACAGGGCGGAGCAGUCUGGCCCUGGCCGUGGGCCGGAUCCAAUAUGGGGGGCAUGCAGCCUGGCAUCGACUGGGGUGCUGACCCACACUCGGGGACGCCCAGUCCGCAGAGCGCGAUCGCGGCGGCGGGACAAUCAAUCUGGGAAGAUUUCCAGCUCCUCAUGUAG